CCUACACACGUAGGUGCAUUCCCUCCAGAUGAGAGAACCAGGGCUCUACAUCCUUGAAAACACUUUGAUCAUGGACACCUCGCCAGCAAAUACCCGGCCGACCAGAAAUGACAAGGAUGAUUGGCACCAUGUCACGGACGCAAGGGCAAGGAAGCGAAUACAAGACAAGCUGGCUCAACGAGCAAGACGUGGGUGUCCUUUUCUCACCUUCCGACUUCAUCGGAGUUGAUGGGCUCGUCUCGCCUUGUGGCCUCCCUCGAAAACAGAGGUCCUUUCGCAUUCUGCCCGGGGCCUCUCUUCCCAUGACCUGGAAUACAACUUCAUUUGACCAUGUUAUGCAUCUGCUUGAGCUUGCCCGCCGUACGGCGUCAAAUAGGCAGACUUUAUGCUGACUGGCUGCCCUUUCCUAGGGAAACGACUUCGAGAAGCCAAAACGAACACACCCGAGAUAGACCAUGCUCCCCCACGCUGCAGAAGCCAUAUUACGCAAACAGAAGACGAUACUCCCCCUGGCAUUGACCUCCUUGCUCAACUUGGGUGUCAGGAUCCUGUGGCAACCCUGACAUGCUGGGAAAACAUUUCAGCCUCUUUAACAGCACGCACAAGUCAGCCACUUCAGCACUCCCCUAAGACACAGGUUUCUACUUUGAACUAUGAGCUUUGUCCAUUACCCACUGUGUUCAGCGCCUUGUAUAUCAAUGGCGCGGUUUUAGGGUUGAGAUCUUGUUCGGCUGUUCCAGCACUCUCAUCUCCUGCUUCCCCGAACGUCCCACUAUCAUUACAGCCCACAACUACUCAACUGCUGACGAUCCAUCAACCGGGCAUAGACAGAUUCCCGUUUGCCAAGAUGCGAGACAAUCUCAUUAAUAUGUGCGCCGUCAUCGACGAAGAAGACUUCACUCGGGACCUGUUUACAAUGCCGAGUUUCAACAUCACGCCUGGCCUUGCAUCGUGGGAUCCUAAAGCCUGGAAGAUUGAGAGAUAUUUUGCCGACAAAUGGGGCUUUCUGUUUUUUUAACUAGCUUAUUACUCGAGGUUGACGGCGACCAAGAUCGUGUAAGUCCAUGUCGGAGUAACUGCAGAAACUUGUGUCUACCGCGCAUGCACACUCGCUCGCCACAACCCCUGCGCAAUGGAGCAACGAUGUUCGGAGCAAUAGAUCCGAUCAAACGUAUCCGUCCAAUUUGGACUUCCCAAACUGGAUUCCGUCUUUCCCCUUAACUAAUACUUUGCUGCGACGCUCAGGAUCCAGUCUAUCACUGCUUCCGGUUGGGCAGCCAUGGGGCAAUGAUCCGCCUUGAUACUGGUCACAUCAACCUUCCUCCCGCUCUCCUUCUCGAUCAGGUCAAUCCCUUCUCUCUGGACAUUUGCUGGAACGCACAGGUCGUUUUCGCAGAGCAAAUACGACACUGGAAUGUCUUUGUACCCAGCAUGGGUCAAUUCACCAACGAAACUGAGAGCAGAGUGCCUGGGGAACUUCCUCACCCAGGCCUCUCCUUCUUCUUUGGGGAGAUCGGAAAACACGAUAGCCGCUGAUGCUUCAGCCGGAUCAUGAUACAUCCAGCCAUUCUCCUGUUUUCGUUGUGCGCUGUUAGCAUGCGAGCAGCGAUGCAGCAAGAACCAGUAGUGGAUGAAAACCUACAUCAACCUUCAGGUCCAAUUGCUGCUCUUUGGGCAAAUCUGCCAGAAUAUCCUUUGCUGUCUGCCCGACAGCUGGCACCAGAGCAGUCAUAUACGCCAGAUUCACAAUCCCACCCUUCUUUCCCUCUUUCUGCCUCUCUUCCUUGCUCAAGCCCUUGGUGCUCUCCGUCAAGGGGACACCUCCGUACGAGUGACCAAGCAGGAUCACGUCCUUCCCUUGAUCCGCGAGCUUCUCGACCUCCCUGGCAAUGAAGG